CGUAGAUUAAUUUGUCGCAGGAUUAGGGCAGAUGUGAACCGCGUGAGCGAGUGGUUGCCAGCAAGCAAGAAGUCAAGGAUUAUCUCGAGGAUGCGUGGGUACGCGGCAUUGCUUGGAAUAGCAGUCCUCGUCGGUCCGACGAUGGGACAAUUCGACUCGCCGCCGCACAUCAUCGUCUUUAUGGCUGACGACUUGGGAUGGAACGAUGUGGGCUUCCAUGGCUCGACUCAAAUUCCUACACCGAACAUCGAUGCUUUGGCUUAUAAUGGAAUCAUUUUGAACAGGCAUUAUGUUCAACCAUCGUGCACGCCAACGAGGACGGCUUUCCUAUCAGGAAAAUAUCCCAUUAGAAUGGGAAUGCAAGGAGCUGGUAUACUGGGUGGAGAGCCUCGGGGACUUCCGUUGAAUGUGCGUAUUUUACCGGAGUACUUGCAGGGUCUGGGAUAUGACACAAAACUUGUGGGGAAAUGGCAUGUCGGAUACCACACCCCCCAGCAUACGCCCAAUCAUCGAGGCUUCGACUUUUUCCUUGGGUUUUACAAUAGCUACAUUGGAUAUUACGACUACCGGUACACUCAAGGGCAGAACAUGUCGGGCUUCGAUAUGCACUCGAACGACAGUCCGGCAUAUGGAAGUGAGGGUCAAUAUGCGACGGACUUAUUUACCUCGAGUGCCGUUGACUUAAUCAGCAAACACGAUCCUUUGAGACCGCUCUACCUCCAGGUCUCCCAUUUGGCACCACACGCGCCCUUGGAUGUGCCUUACGAGAAUGAUUACGACGACGAAUUUAGGCACAUUUCUGAUCCCAAUCGUCGAGCCUACGCAAAAAUGGUAGCGAGAUUAGAUGAAUCAUUGGGUCGGAUCGUCUCAUCUUUAGGUGAUAGAGGCAUGUUAAAAAAUUCUGUGAUUGUAUUUUUGUCUGAUAAUGGAGGAGCACCAAUCGGCAAAUUUCGAAAUUGGGGAUCUAAUUGGCCUCUCAGAGGAACGAAGUAUACACUAUUCGAAGGUGGAGUACGAGGGGCGGCAGCAAUCUGGUCGCCGAAGUUGCUAAGCAAGGGUCGAGUCUCGGAACAACUUUUCCACGUGGUGGACUGGCUACCGACGUUAUACUCAGCUGCGGGUGGCGACUUACGGGAUCUGGGGCCCAUCGACGGCGUUAACCAAUGGGAUGUCCUUAGUAUUGGUACUGGGAAUGUUCGUGAUAGGUUGCUCUUGAAUAUUGACGAGGCUACGAAAACCGAAGCCGCCAUUUACCAACGUUUCAAACUUGUUCGAGGAUCGUUGUUCAGGGGCUACUAUGACAAUGUGGAGGGUGAAACGGGUCGAGGCCGCAACGCCCCACUUUACAACACGACGAAGAUACUAAAGAGCGCUGUCUCGGACGCAAUUCGUGAACACCUUGGUGUUCCUGUGACGCAAGAGAGCGCCAUGUGGCAACUUCAGAGCCAGGCGACGGUCCAGUGUCGACCAAAUAUGACGAACCUUCACUACACCAAUCGCUACAACUUCGCCUCGUGCAAUGAGACCGAGUGCCUCUUUGAUCUCAGUAUCGAUCCCUGCGAAACCAAUAAUAUCGCCAAGAAUUUUCCCAGGUGGGUGUCUGAGCUGAAUUUGUAUCUGGAAAAGUAUGGUAACGUAUUGGUGCGCCAACUCCAACUCCCAGUUGACUACAUGGCGGAUCCACGACGCUGGAACUACACGUGGCAGCCUUGGCUGAGCAUCUACGACAGUGUAUACUCAUACCCGAAUGCAGCCUCGACCCUCGCGACCUUCGCCGUCUGCGCUCACAUAGGUCUCGUACUUCUCAUUGCUGGCCUCCGCGUCUUCAUCUGACUUGAAGAUCAUCCCCGCUAUUGCUGGACCAGGAUAGUUCCGAUAGCCGUCGCACAGGCCACGUCGUCGCCUUAACGAUCUAUUGUAUGAACGACGAAAGAUGUGUCACUUUCACUCCGUACAUUGAAUAUAAAGUAAUUAUAUAUAGCAUCGAGAGACAAUAAAAAAAUGACAUA